AAUUUUUGUCGUUUCUGGAUUGCCUGUCGUAACCAAUCCAUUAUUCACUGUCUUUAGUCACAACAGCUGACUUCGUCUUCUCAAGGUCGUUCGGCGUUUGUGAACGCCGUUGGCACUCUAGGUUUUUACGUCUCGUAAAACGGCCGUUGUCGUCAGGCCCUAAUUAUCCAUCUCUAUUAAGAUGGUAAAUCCCACGGUAGAUCUUGUUCUCAACAUAUCUAAAGAGUAUGUUAUCUUACUGAAGCGACACCCGGUCAGAAACAUACUAGUAGCAAUUAGUCUUGGAUUAGUUUCAUGGAGAAUAAUAACUAAUAUCCGUACAUAUCAGAAUCGAAAACUGUUAAAAUCAAAACAAAAGCGUAUUACAUACAAUGUGGAGAAAAUCAGAGAAGCUCUGUCCAAAUUGCCCCAGUCAUCUAUACCAAGCGGUAUUUGUAGUGAGAAUUUGGCUCAUAUUUGUGAGCAAAUCAAAACGGAGAGAAUAACCCCCGUGGAUGUUCUACAUGCAUUUCAACUUAGAGCAUUACAGUUACACGAUAACAAAAAUUCAGGUAUUGCUGAUUUCAUCUUAGAAGCAGAAGAGUACGCCUCUAACUUGGUGAAAUCUCCAGUGGGCAUCGACAAAGAGUCUGGAUUAUAUGGAAUUCCCAUCAGCAUAAAAGAAGGGAUUGCAGUACGUGGUUAUGAUGCCACCAUGGGGAUCAUAAAACUAUGCAAUCAGCCCGUAAAUGAAGACUGUGUACUAGUUAAGGUACUAAAAAGUGCUGGUUCAGUUCCUUUUGUGACUACUGUGACAACUCAGUUAUGUCGCACUCUGGAUAGCUUUCAUUGUAUUUAUGAAGAUGCGAAAAAUCCGUUCAAUAAAUCCAGGAUGCCGGGCGGAAGUUCUUCAGGUGAAGCUGUAUUGUUGGCACAGUGUGGUUCUCCUGUAGGUAUCGGCGGAGAUAUUGCCGGUAGUAUCCGAAUACCUUGUGCGUUUUGCAAUUUAGCUGGUUUAAAACCAACGUCCGGGAGACUGAGUCAGUUAGGUUUUGUAUCAACUGCUAAGAAAUCAGUAUUAUACUUAUCGCCUUGCUUCGGACCCAUGGCUAAGAAGGUGGACGAUUUAGCUUGUGUAAUGCGUGCAUUAUUAUGCCCUACAAUGUUUGAUUUAGAUCCGUAUGUUAUACCGAUGCGUUUUGACCAAGUAUCUUAUGAAGGCAAAAACAAACGUCAGUUAGUAAUCGGUUAUUAUAGUAAUUUUGACGACCCCAAUCUCAUUCAGGUCUUGGAUGUGAAUCAACGAGUUGUGCAGAAUGCAGUUAAAGCAUUAGAAAGUGCUGGGCAUAAACUUGUUAAGUUCACAGUUCCUCAUCCUUAUAAAGCUUUUAACCUCGGCUUGCAUGCAUUAUUUGCAGAUGGAGGUCAGGAACUAAGAAGUCAUCUACAAGGGGAACCACUAAGCCCUCAUUUAAGGCUAAUCAACACUCUUAUUGGGAUUCCUGACAUUUUAAAACCUGUAAUUGGUUUGGUUUCUAGAUUUUUUGUUGGAAAACCAGUUUGUCCAAUAAGUUCAUUUAUAAAACUUGCCAGUAGUGAAGCUGCAGUUAAUUUAAUUAAUGAAAUUAACGCUUAUCGUUACGAAUUCGCAAACGCUUGGAAUGAGGCAGGCCCACUCGAUGCAUUGAUAUGCCCUGUAUUUCCUUAUCCUGCACCACCAGAAGACGCCUUGCAAUUAUAUAUUUCUCCGUCUAUUAUAUACACUUUCCUGUAUAAUAUCUUAGAUUACCCUGCCGGAGCUGUCCCAGCUGGCUUUGUCACUGAUGUUGAUGUUCGUAAUUCGUUAAUGAUAUCGGAGUCACUGUGUUCUUCUGGCGAUACUUACAUGUCAGCAGUGUACAAGCUAUUAGAUGGAGGAGAAAACCUACCACUCUCUAUUCAAGUGGUUGGUAAACCGUAUCAUGAGGAGACCGUUCUCCGAGUUAUGCGUGAAAUAGAAGGUUGUUUCUCUUCACCAAUCAAAUCAUAACUUUGACGGAUAUUCCCACAUUAUUUUCGGAUUUUCUCUUAGUUUGGUUGCAUGUCGUCUAUGUUUUGGUGUCAACGUCCGCACCUAACACUUUCUAUUUAAGAUCGAUGGUUAGUAUCAUGUAAUUUACAUUUUUAUUAGUAACUAGUUUAUAUUCAUGAUCACAUAGUCCUUGUUACUGUGAUACUUGCAUCUUUUGAUUUCCAUUGUCAUUUGUAGUAGACGAUUUCAUUAACUUUAAUCAAGAAAAUCAUGUUUAUCACAAUAGUGUUGUUUUUUGGAUGAUGGAAGAUAAUAAUACUAGUUGAUUUGGUGGAAGUAGAUGAAACCCAUUACUAUAUUAGUUGAUUUGUUUCUGUCACCAUGAGAUUCAGGAACUAACAAAAUGAAAAAAAGACCAUUUGAAUCAAAUGCAAACAACACAAAAAGAUUGAAUAAAUAGACACUAGUAAAUUCUUAUCUAACAUAGGUAACUUGUCCUCAGGGUUCUUG